AUGCAGACUGCUUCUACAAACAUUUGUGAAAGAAUGGGUCGCUCUAAGAAGCGCAGUGAAUUCAAACUUGGUUCCGUGAUAAGUUGCCACCUGUUCAAUAAGUCCAUCAAUGAAAUUUCCUUGCUACUAAACUCCAUGGUCAACUGUUAGUGGUUUUAUAACAAAGUGGAAGAAACUGGGAACAACAGCAACUCAGCCAUGAAGUGAUAGGCCAUGUAAAAUGACAGCACGAGGUCAGUACAUGCUGAAGCAUACAGUGCACAGAAGUCACCAACUGUCUGCAGAGUCAAUAGCGAAAGACCUCCAAAUGUCAUGUGGCCUUCAUAUUAGCACAACAACAGUGCAUAGAGAGCUUCAUGGAAUAGGUUUCCAUGGCCGAGCAGCUGCAUCCAAGCCUUACAUCACCAAGUGCAAUGCAAAGCAUCAGAUGCAG